GCACUGGUGGGCAGCACUGGUAGGUGGGCACAGGUGGGUGGCACUGGUGGGCACAGGUGGGUGGGCACAGGUGGGUGGCACUUCUGGGCACAGGUGGGUGCACUGCUGGGCACAGGUGGGUGCACUGCUGGGCACAGGUGGGUGAUUUGCUGGGCACAGGUGGGCGGGGCUAGUGGGCGCACUGCUGGGCACAGGUGGGCGGAACUUGUGGGUGGCACUGCUGGGCACCGAUCAUCAGGGCACUGAUCAUCAGUGCCCUGAUGAUCGGUGCCGAUCCUCGCUCUGACAACUGCCGGUUCUCGGCAGUACUUUCCUCACGAUCUGACAGCGUGAGGAAAGUGCAGCCGAGAACCGGCACUUGCAU